UUCGUAUUUACGUACUACAUAAUACACUUCCACAAUGAAUAAACUUGUUGCGUUAAUGUUUUUACUUCAUGUUUCAUCAAGUAUUUUAGAUAAUCUUCAACCUAAUCAAAAUAACAACCCUGGCAGACAACCAAGAUCGAAAAGAAUAAGUCAAAACAACUAUUCAAAUACAACCUCAGAUGGACAGGACCAAGAUCAAAAGGGUUACUUCCCAGACGGGAAUGGAUGUGUUAGCCCUGGGCUUUUAAACCAUCCCAAAAGCAAUUUGACCACAAGGUGUGGUUCCGGGAAAACCAAGCCGGAGGAAUUUGUCACGUUUACAUAUUAUAACAGAAAAAAUAACGCUACACAUGGAGUUACAUUUUCGUUAAACAGCUCGGCGAAAGUUUUGGUUGAAAUAGACAAUGGGAAGCCCCUAAAAUUGAUAACGCACGGCUGGUUGAACGACGGGUUAUCAGAGAUAUGUCAAAGAAUUAAGAAUUCUUAUUUAAAGACCCGCGAUGUGAGUGUAAUUGUGAUAGAUUGGGGCUGUGUGGCGCAUUCCCAUUGGUACUUUACACCUUUAGAAAGCAUAGAAAGCAUAGCUCAGUAUUGUGCAAAGGUGAUUGAGAAGAUUGUCGAUAAUGGAAUGAACCCCAAAAACAUCCACCUGAUAGGGUACAGUUUGGGGGCGCAUCUUUCGGGAACUAUAUCCCUCAUACUCAAAAUGCAUAUGAAAAUUACAAUCGCAAGGGUUACUGGCUUAGAUCCCUCUUUGCCUAUGAUUGAACAUCUCAAAUAUCGCCUUGAUCAAACUUGUGCAGAUUUUGUGGAUGUGAUUCACACUAGUGGAGGUUUUUUUGGUAUAAAAGAUGCAAUAGGCCAUGCAGACUUCUACCCUAAUGGAGGCGUCAUACCCCAACCUCGCUGUAAAGGAAUUUUGGAGAUUUUUAGUGCAUGCAGUCAUGCAGAAAGCUGGAAGCUCUUUGAAGAAAGUAUCGAGGUGUUUACUGAAUAUUCUAAGUGCGAUUCGUGGACUAAUUUUCAACUGGGAAAAUGUAAUAAAACACAAAUGGUACCGUUUGGGGACCCGGCACCAUCACACGCAAGAGGUUGCUACUAUCUUGAUACCACCAAUAUACACCAGAACAAAUUAUUAUAAACAUCUUGAUAUACAGUUUUAAAUAAUUCUGUUGUUUAUAUUAUUUGUCCAGCGCGUUUAUUAGUAUAAACUUUGACAAAGCACUUUUACAAUUAAGCUUACA